AGCGCGGAGUCGUCGCUGAGUCAGUUGUGUGCUCGCCCACUCUUCAGUGUCCAAUUUUUCCUUUCCCAGCCCUGCCUUCGGAUGCACGGUUCCUCUUAUAGCUAUAGCCGCAGAUCGACGCUUUGUGCGUAACAUUACGUCAUUUUACGAAUUCUGUCUCUGCACCCCCCCAUCACAAACUCUUUUGAAAAAAAUCGUGUUUAAAAGUCAGCUUCUUGUUUUUUGUCAGCCACUUCACGUUAGCCGAGUGGCUACUCGUAGCCAGAAAGACUGUCAGAUGUUGGACGACACAAAGCUCAUCGAACGUUUUUUCCAAACGUCCAGUUGACUGUCUGCGGUGAAAGUGUUCACGUUUCAAAGGGGAGGUCCAUUUUUUUGGAGGUUCUGGCUCGGGGGGAAGGAGCUGGGGGGGCGAGCGGAGGAGGCAGACCUGCCAGAGAAGCACCAUCGCCGGGCGCUGGGACGAGGAUAACAUCUUGAUGCUAGUGAUGGCAAACGAGCCGAUCAUCCUCAACGUCUACGAUAUGUACUGGAUCAACGAGUUCACCAGCUCCCUCGGCAUCGGCGUCUUCCAUUCAGGGAUCGAGAUCUACGGCCGAGAAUUUGCCUACGGGGGACAUCCUUACCCCUUCUCAGGGAUCUUUGAGAUUACGCCAGGUGAUGCAACAGAACUGGGCGACACCUUUAAAUUCAAAGAAGCCAUCGUUCUGGGCAGCACCGACUUCACAGAGGAUGACGUGGAGCGGAUCAUCGAGGAAAUGGGGAAGGAGUACAAAGGCAACGCGUACCACCUCAUGCACAAGAACUGCAACCACUUCUCCUCAGCGCUGUCAGAGAUCCUGUGCGGCCGCGAGAUCCCGCGCUGGGUCAACCGCCUGGCCUACUUCAGCUCGUGCGUGCCCUUCCUGCAGAGCUGCCUGCCCAAAGAGUGGCUCACCCCGGCCGCCUUGCAGUCCAGCGUCAGCCAGGAGCUCCACGCCGGGGGGGACCUGGAGGAAGCUGAGGACGCCGUCGCCACCGCCUCCCUGGCGUCCGUGUCGCCUUCCUCUUCCUCGGGCCCCGCCUCCAUGCCGCUGCAGUCCCGCCACCAGCCCCGCCGGUAGAAGCGUGGAACACACUUGGCUUGAAUUUUGAAACAAUCACCAGCCACAUUUGGAUGAGACCAGCGCUCUCCGGUUGAAUGGUGCUACUCCUCUCACUUCUGACCCGACUGGACCUCCUUUGACUUUUGUACAAGUCGUGUCCCAGGUAUUCCGAGCCAAUCGCCGUCCUGUUUUUUGGGGUGGGACCGGACCUCAAAAUCAACCUUUUCAAAAACUUUGGCAACAGAACCUCCCGCGGGUUCGUUUUUACUCCACGUUUUAUUCUUUUGAGGCCGAAGGAGAGUUGACUUGUUUCUUAGUAGCCAGCGCCGUGGUGCCUUUGAGCACGCUUUUUACUCACAGUGUGACCUCCAGCUGUUCCCUGGAGGGCUCCCACUCGUUGCCAGAAGGUCACACGUUUGGCCUUGAGUAGAACCCAGGAAGAGCGCAUCAGUUGGUUUUGUUAGUUGUUUUUUUCUCCCAACGGGCAAGACGACUCCGGGCUGCCGUUUUUGUCACAUUUAUGUCGACUUCAGCGGGUGAUGAGAGCGCCCGAUCUGUUUCUCCUUUCAAAGAAAAAUGUUCGUUCUGUGCUGCGAAGCAGGACAACCCUUUUAAACUAAGUUUUUUUUAAUGAUAUAAUUCUAUUUCUCUCACGUUCUCUUUGCCUUCGGUUCUGUUUUUGUUGACAAAACUCAGGACCUCCAAGUGUUUUCCAGACUUUUUAGUUUGACUGUUUUGUAAUGCGGCCUACACGGCAAACACACAAGCUGCGGCACAUUUUAUACGCUUUGAUUAAAAGAAAACAACUGCGAGUCCAAUAUGGUCUGCUUUUCUGUAAGUGCAUUACAUACAUUUAAGCCCAAAGUAUUGAAAGUAUUCUGAUUUAAAGUGAAUUUUUAUUUGUUUAAUGGGCUUUUUGCUUGAAAUAACAAAAGACUGCAGAAAGUUGUGUUGUGAGAUAUUUAUGAAAAAAUGUAUAGUACAUUUUCGGCAUUUUGCAUAUUCUUACAUCUAAAGUUGGAAUACUCCACUUUAUGUGAGUAGUUACCAGGACCCUUUGGAACAGUGCAAGCGAUACUGAAUCCUUAUAUGAAGUGUAAACAAUGAAAAUAGCAGUGUCAUUUCGAGCCAUAAAGUCUACCCGUUCAGCAAAUAAAAUGUUUCCACUCAUUUAAUUUAUCCAGAAAUAAAUCACUUCAUAAGUUAAAAGUUGAACAGAGUGUGAAUUACUUUGGGCUUAUCCAUCAUAUUUUGGAUUGGCUGAACAUGCUUUUUUUUUUUAAAAGGUAUGUAACAACUUUUAGGGUCUAAUUUCAUGUUUAAAAAAUUUGUUAACUCUGGAAAAAGUUCUUCAUGACUUACAUGGCACCUCAUUUGGAGUGAGCUUUACUUUCAUGUUAUUUUCUACGUGAGUUGGGUUCAUUUGCACAGAUAUGCAGCUGCGCCCUCUGCUGGCAGGGACCUGCACUGUAGCAGAUGCUGAUUUUUAUUUUUUAUUUUGUCCGUCUUGGCUUCACUUCCCACUUUCUUCCUUUUGACUUCUUCCGGGGCCAAAGAAAGCUUAAAGGUCAUCUACUCCGCUUCAUACAUGAAUGAAUGUCAUGUUUGAAACCAACACUUUAGCGUUGUUGUGUUUUUAAUUUUAUGCCCAACCAAAUCUGCGUCAUUCACAGCGAGCCUUCGGUUGUGCCGACCAGAUUUGUACCUUGUUAAAGUUAUUAAAAAAAGGUGGAAAUAAUCUUUUUUUUGUGCUGACAGUGUCUUCAAAAUCAUUUUAUUCGUGUCACAUUUGCUGAAAUUCUUUGCUGAAAGGAUAAAGAGAGAACGAUGCUUAAGUGAUUUUUUAAAAUGAUGUUCUAAAAGUAGUAAGUGCCCUUAGAGCCUGCUUAUGAGCAGCAAAAAUACUCUCACCACCUGACGGAGGAUAGUAAAAUAAAAUUUAAAAAAAGCAGGCUUCGCUACACAUUGUGAAAUGAGCUGUGCCAACUAUCUGUCAGUCAGCUACAGACGUGGUGGGAGAUGCAAGUUUGAUCAUUGUGCUUUUUUUCAGCCUCCCUCUGGGCUUUGGGCUGGUUUUCUCAAACAAAAUAAUGGGAAAACUUUAAAAUGUUGUGUUUUGGUUUUUUGUUUUUUUUACAAACAUCGGUACAUGUUUGUAUAUUUCUGAAGUUAACUUUUGAGUGUUAAGUUGCUGUGUGAUGAGUUAAAUUUAGUUUGUGAGAUGAAACUGUGAGUUAGACUGUUAUAUUGAACAAUGACCUCCUGCAAUUUCCAAAGGUUUGACUGGUCCUCACGGACCUGUGUGUGCCACAAUAUAUCAUUUUAUGAUGUGGACACGAUCGGCUUAUACACCGGUGUGACUUACAGAUGUACGUUUUUCAUUGAAUAGCAUAAACAUGGCAUUCGUUUUAGUACCAUGUGUCCCUUCUGAACUACUGCUCUCUGGGCACAAACUUGAAUUUCACUGGCUGCUGUGGCCUUAGCAGCCAAUCAAACUCCAGAGGGAUCUAAAGGGAAUAAGAAGAUAGCAGAUGCACGUUAGGAAGCAGGACAAACAGCCAGACUGUAAAGGUACAACCAUGUGUCUUACUACGGUCUCUUUGCACGUCUCCAUGGUGUAGCUCUGCAGCAGACGCACAACCACCAUCUUCAUGGUGAGGAGAGCGUAGCGCAUCCCCACGCAGUUGCGAGGGCCGAGGCCAAAAGGCAUGAAAGCGUACGGGUUCACCUCUUCUAUGCCAUCUUUGCUGAACCUGCAAAAAACAAGCAAAAUAAAAUUCACAUCUGGGAUCGCCUGACCCACAAGCCUGAAAUGACGCCGCGCAACUUUUACUUACUAUUGAAACACCAAAGUCCUGAUGGUGACCUGGGUGUACUACAUAGUAGGCUAUACAGUUUUAUAUGAGUUUUUGGUCAUUACGUUAUCAUAUGAGUGCAUAUUGGCGAAACAAUUACAAAUCUGGAAAGUGCUCACCGAGUGCUUUAAUUUGAGGUAUGACUCGAUGGGGCUUAUCUUGAACUGAUUUUUGUUAUUUUUUAAAAAAUGACAAUUAUAUACAUAAACAUUGGCAUGUGGGCAGUCUUGUUAACACGUCAUGGUGAGUUUACCUCUCCGGCCGGAACCUCUCAGGGUCUUUCCAAAAGCGGGGGUCCUUGUGGAUGACACUCACGGGAAUGCCCACCAAGGUUCCUUCGGGGAUGGUGAGAUCGCCGAUCUGGAUGGUUUUCUUGCACAUCCUCUCGAGUCGCGGCGCGGUCGGCAUGACACGCAUGGACUCGUUAAUGACGUUGUCCAGGUACUCCAUAUUGAACAGGGUCUCGUAAGAAAUGGGAGCCUUGAGGGAGACAUGAAGAUGAACAGCUAAAAAUGGGGAUUCCCACAUCACAGCCAUCACCGAGGCUCCCUACCUGGUGGCUUUGGCCAGUAUAGGAAUGAUAUCGUCGCUGCACCCGUGAAGAACUGAACAAAAACUAUUCUGGAACUGUCAAGUGUUGUUGAUAUCGUUUAUAUUAAUUGUGAAAAAGCGGAGGACAUAACUUCCGAAUUAUGCAAUCUUGAACCUACUUUUCAGGGGGUGCUAGAGAGGACACCUGCACCCCUAAAAUGUUCACCAGGAUAACAUGCACAGUCGUUUGCGUUGAACCUCCAAAAAGGCAAUUCAGAAAGUUGUUUUUUUAUUUCAUUAAUUGAUUAAUAAUAUAGUUUGGAAUUUCUUUAAGUACGAGCAUGCCGGCAAUGAAGAGCACCCAGUGCCAAAGGACACUGCACUAUAGAACACUAGACGCUAUCGAACAGCUUUGGCACUUUCAGUACAAAGUGCUAUCUUGGUAGGUGCUUGCAUGUUAACUAUUAGCAUGUUAGCUAAUUUGCACAUGUAUAUAGAGCAAUGGCAUGAUGUAGGGACACUAUAGAACUACCUUGGCACUUUCGGUACAUAUUGCUAUCUUGCUAGGUGUUAGCAUUCUAACUGUUAGCAGGUUAGCAUUUUAGCUAAUUUACUGAUGUUCACAUGCAAACACAUCCAUGGCAUGAUGUAGGGAUACUAUACAACUGCUUUUGGACUUCUCGUACAUAGUGCAAUCUUGCUAGGUGCUAUCAUGCUAACUGUUAGCAUGUUAGCAUUUAAACUAAUUUCCACAUGUAUAUACUGCAAUAGCAUUAUUUAGAGAGACUAUAGAACUGCCUUGGCACUUUUGUUACAUAUUGCUGUCUAGCUAGGUGUUAACAUGCUAACUGUUAUCAUUUUAGCUAAUUUACUUAUGUUUACAUGCAAACAUGCAUGGCAUGAUGUGGGGAUGCUAUAGAACUGCCUUUGGGCUUUCGGUACAUAGUGCAAU